GCAAACUAACCAGACUUAUCCUGUUGACUUUGGCAUAUAUGAACAGACCCUUAUGGAGUGGCAUCCAACAUCCUGAUUGCAUCAGUAGAAUAAUUGAAACUAUACUGUUUGGAUUAAGAACAUUUUACUUCUUGCAUUUUCACAUAACUGACGUCUCCAGUGUAGGAAAUAUCCACUGAAAGUUUUGAAGUUCAACAAUCUGCAGAUGCUGCAAAUCUGAAAUAAAAAUAAGAACUUCUGGAAACGCUCUGCAGAUUAAAUAACUUCUGUGGAAAAUGACACGCAGCUAACGUUUCAGGUCAAAGAUCCUUCAUCCGAAUUGGGAAGACUCAACCAGUUUCAUUUAUUUAUUUAUUGAGCUGUAUUUUGCUACGACAGGAUGUCGGAAGUUCUUCAGUCACCAGAUCAUUCAGCCAACAUUAAAUUGCCUGAGAUGUGUGCCACUGCAGACAAUAAGAAGCAAUCCCCAUAUUCAGUGGAAACUCCGUAUGGAUUCCGCCUGGAUCUGGAUUUUCUGAAGUACGUCGAUGACAUAGAGAAAGGAAAUACUAUCAGGAAGGUUCACAUACAUAAGAAGGCAAAGCAACCAAAAUACAGCACAUUGCCAAGGAAUUUCAGUGUCCCAGACACCCGGUUGUCCACGUCUGAGUCUCGGUCCUGUAGGAAGUAUGGGGACAACUGGAUGACAACUCCUUCACAGGUACCCAUGAACAGAUAUAAAGGGGCCAGUAGCCAGGAACUAUUGAGAAGUUCUCCAUGUAGCUAUGAUCCAGCUUCAUCACAACCCAACAUGUAUGAUUGCAGAUCGAAAAGAACUCCACCUGAUGCCAGGAGUAAUUUGGAGGAGAAUGGGCUAUCUCCACAAAGCUGUCUGAAACCUCCCUUUCUUCGGGCUUCCAGCAUGCCAGUUGAUUUCAAGGAGUUGAGUUUAGAAGAGCAACAUCAAAUCUUGUCCAUAUCCCAGCAGAAAUUAAAAUUAUCGGAAAAUUCUGGCUUUGGUACACCAGGCAAAGCAGUAAUGCAGGAGGGCUCCACCCCCAAUGAUGAUGCACCAGAGUUGAAUGUGACAUCGACCCAGGUUCAUCAAUUACAGAGACAAAUCAGGAUUGCUCAAGAUGCAAGCAAAGACACAGAAGAGCAAGUAAAAACUAUUUCUGAACUUAAACAACAAGUUCUUGUGUUACAGGAAGAAAAAAAACAACUCCAUAUUCAGUUGCACAAUCAGCAGAAUGCGUUGCCAACUUCAAAUUCUGUUCUAGAGGGGAAACUUGAUGCCAAUGGGGAUAACACCAACGAUGUCACUACAAGAAUUCAAUGUAGUUCUUCAGACACCCCACUUGGGGCUGAAACAGUAAGAGGACUAAAAUUAUUUCCAAGCAAAAGUGAAACCUGUGAAUUCUCUGAGUCAGACGAAACAUUUCAAAGUGAAAAAGUGAUCAACCUUGAUAACCAAAUCAAGUUGGCUUCAAAUGUUACUGUAAGUGGUAACACAAACUUUGAUUUCAGUACCCAUAAAGAAAUAUUUCAGAUCCCUCAUGCUAUAGAAGACACUGAACACAGAGUGAGUGAGGUCGGUACUCAAGUUAACAUAGAAGACUUAGGUUUGUUACCUGUAGCGCACCCCAAUGCAGUGAAACCUAAUAAAGAACCAAAUAUUAUACCAGAGAAUCAACUUAAAGGGGGAACUCAGGAACCCAAUGUAGAACAAGAAGGUAUGGUCCCUAAAGAUAAUGCGAUUUUUCCCUCCUCAAAUAAACUGGAAGAAGACUCAUCUAGGCAUUUUGAAAAGAAACACCUCCAAGACCAAACAAAGGCACACGAUACAAGAAAUCAGCCAAUAAUUAUUCAUCUGGGAGCCACUGAACAAGAACGUGAGCUCCUAGAACUAACUGAGUCAAAACCAAUGUGCAAACAUGAAAUCAAGCCAGAUCUCCGACCUGUCACCCAGUCGGUGAAUUGCGGGGAUUGUGGUGCAGACGUGAGGGACACAAUUGUAAAAGAGACGCAGAGUUUAGGGGUCAAUACAGAUCGCAUCACCGUCCGUGAUACAGCAGCUUUGGCAACUGUUGCCACGAGCGACAAAGCAACAGAUGCUACAGUCAGGAUGUGCAGCAAGGCUGUCGAGACUGAGCACGGCUCGUUCUUGCACUGCACGUGUCACGUAGUCAAUAAACUUACCAAGGUGAACAGAGAACACACUGUGGCGUGUGAUAGCAAUGCAGAGAGCGAUUCUAACAGAGUGAGAACCAUGAAGACCUGUUCUGCUGAUGGGGGCAGUGCCGUGAAAAACAAUGGGGAAGAAUAUCCAGUUGUUGGAAGCCCACAUCGUGUAUGUGAAAAAGAUGUCGAUUCCCUGCUUUCCUACCAUGCCUUUCCCCAGCCUGAAUCCCAGACAAUUUCAACAAAGCCUGAAUUAGCCCAAAGCAUUCAAAAGGUUGAGGAACUUUUGUGCAAGCAGCAAUCGUUUUUGGAGCAAAACUAUCCUGAUUUGGCCCAGAAUUUUAAAAAGCUUUGCUCGAGUAUCGGGACCCUCAGUGUUCAACUGAUCAAUUCUCUUCAGCCAUCAACCUCAUCACCUCCGACAUUUCACCCAUCAGAACAGAACUCUGAUAAAAAGGAUUGCCAACCAGAAACUGACGCUGUGCAUCAUGUCAUUCACAUGGAGCCGUCGCCAUCAUCCUCUGAACCUCUGGACUACAGGACCCAUGGCCAGCUGCAAAUGUGCAUCAGUGAUGCAGCUACGUUUCAAUCCACAUCUCUUAAAUCUAUUAUGAAAAAAAGCAGUGGAGAUAACAAAUCAGAUGGUUCACCAGCCAAAAAAAAUCUUCAGUUCAUUGGUGUGAAUGGCGGUUACGAAACCACAUCAAGUGAAAAUUCCAACUCGGAAGGCAGCUCAGAGAGCGAAUCGGAGAAGGAAGGUGUCAACGCAAGAGACCAAGUGCAACAUGCUGACAACAAAGCAGAACUAUGUCCAGAAUCAGAGAGAGCAGGACCUGAAGAGAUCCAGCAAACAGCAAGCGAUGCUGCAGCCACAAGUAUGCAAGACUGCACAAAAAGCCGUGAAUGGAACCCAAGUCUCAUUUUGGCUUGUCAAAACCUGAAGGGUCAUCUCAGUGAGCUGGAAGCCACAAAUGACAAAGGCAUGAGGCAGAAUUUGACCACAGUUCAGUGGGAAUGGUUUAGGAUUUCCAGUCAGAAAUCUGCAGCUUCUGACAGAGUUCAAGCCUUUCUCGAAAAACUCCAAGAAGUGUCACCAGAACUACUUCACUUCAUUGUGAACUUAGCAGAUGACAAUCAGAACACCGCACUCCAUUACAGUGUCUCGCACUCCAACUUCCACAUUGUGAGGCUCCUGCUGGACACAGGUGUGUGCAACGUGGACCAUCAGAACAAGGCGGGAUACACUGCGUCCAUGCUGGCUUCCUUGGCUUCUGCUGAAGCACAUGAAGAGGUGGCGGUGGUUAAGCAGCUGCUUCAUUUGGGAAAUGUCAACAUUCAAGCCAGCCAGGCAGGGCAGACUGCAUUAAUGCUGGCAGUCAGUCACGAAAGGACAGAUAUGGUCACAGCUCUACUCUCUAGUGGGGCCAACGUGAACAUUCAAGAUACUGAUGGAUCAACAGCCCUGAUGUGUGCAAGUGAGAAUGGUCAUGUGGAGAUAGUGAAACUCCUUUUGGCUCAGCCUGGAUGUAACUCUGCACUAACCGACAAAGAUGACAGCACUGCUCUGGACAUCGCUAUGCAGGCUGGACACAAGGAUAUAGCGGAACUGCUGAGAAUCCACAUGAACAGUGAAAUCUCUCACACUCCUUGAUGUACAUUCACCACUGCCUCCCUUAGUUACUCGUUAAUCGGAAACAAACAACCAUGAGACUUAUUAACAGCGGUAACACCUCAACUUUGCUACUUUAAACCAUUUAUUGGAGAAGAUUUUCAGCCCUUGGAACUAAGCUAGAGAUCCUUGCAGUUGGAGACGUAUCUCAAUUUUCCCUCAAAGUUAAAAAUUGUCAAAGACUGAUAUCUUAGCUUGAAG